CUUAAAUGUGGGCCUGCCGUGUGUUUGCAUGAGAAACUGAAGCAGUUUGUUUUGUUUCUGAAUGUGUUGGCUCUAACCUCCACUAACCCGCGUGUGUGUUUGCUCUGUGUUUGCAUGGCAUGCCGCAUGGCUCUGACUCAUCCAGGGACAGUACAUGGUUCACGGGGAGCAGAAGCAUGAGGGUCCCCUGUCCGAGUGCGGAGGUGGAGAGGAGUACCACAGCGACAAACCCCACCUCCCCCCAUCACAACAGCAGACGCUCCGCUCCUCCCGGGGUCAGCUCCGGGGUGGCAGCAGUCGCGGUUUGUCCCGGCAGGACACAUUCGACUCGGAGACGCAGGGAAGUCGGGACUCUGCCUACACCGAAGCGGGAGACUCGUGUAUGGACAUAGAGACGGAUCCGUAUGAAGAACCUGAGCCUUACAGAGGAGGAGGAGGAGGGAGUCGUCUGCACCUGCAACAAGGCCGCCGAGCAUCAUGGGAAGAUGAGGGAGCAGAGCCAGACCAAGAGAACCAGAACCACCCCCCCCAGCCUCCACCUCACCACCACCACCCGGGACGUCCCAAACUGAGAGAGCGCUACUGCCAAGAGGACACGGGACGCAACAAGAACCAAGGCCAAGACUGGGGGCGUGACCACGUGUACAUCCGCUGA